AUGGACAAAAAACAAGAGGAGAUGCAAUUUCUUGGUCUCUUUGGCAUCUGUAAAGAAUCCUAUAAUAUUAUCUUCAAAUGGAGAAAAAUCUUCUCCCAGAUAACCCUUGCCUUGAUCCUCCCUACAGCUUUUGUCUUCAUAGCAAACAUGAAGGUAUCAAAUGCUCUCUUUGCAAAAAUCACUGAUGCAAUACAAGUGUCUUGGAUGCAAUCAGUAGCGGGUACUCCAGAUCAAAUCGAACUCUCUCUCCCUAAUUCCAUCUCAUGGACCCAACUUUUGUUUUUCAAGGCUUUAUACAUCACUUUCCUUCUCUUUUUCUCUUCCCUAUCAACUGCUGCAGUUGUUUACACCAUAGCUUGUAUUUAUACAGGGCAAGAUGUGGGUUUCAAGAUGGUGAUGCGUGUUGUGCCUAAGGUUUGGAAGAGGCUCGUAAUCACUUCCACGUGUGCUUUAGCUGCAAUAUUUGCUUCCACCAUUGCUACACUGCUAACAAUUGCAGUUAUUAGAAUCAUGAUUAGUCGUUAUAUUCCUGCUAUUGUUUUUGUUUUACUAGUGUUAUUCUUCAUGGGGUUUGUCUAUAUUACCCUUGUUUGGCAAACGGCUAAUGUUGUAUCUGUUUUAGAAGAAGCAUAUGGGAUCAAGGCCAUGAUCAAGAGCAAGGCACUAGUAAAAGGGAAGACAAAGGUCACGGGAACUAUAAUUUUGAUGAUGACCAUAUCUUUUGUAAUCAUGAAAACAGCAUUUAGCAGGCUGGUUGAUGGAUCGUCGCUAGGCAUGGUGAAUAGGGUGUCAUAUGGGAUUGUUUGUUUCUUGUUGCUUGUCCUGUUGAUUUUGUUCGAGCUUGUUAUUCAAACAGUGGCCUACUUUGUUUGCAAGUCAUACCACCAUGAAAACAUCGACAAGUCCACCAUAUUGGAUCACCUCGAUGCAGGCUAUCAUGGUUAUGCUCCUUUGAAGGCAGAGGAUGCUCAGCCGGAGAAAUAA